AUAAAUUCGCAUCUGCAGACUUACUCUGGACUCUUCUGCGUCGUGAUCAACCCCUACAAGAGGCUGCCGAUCUACAUCGAAGAGGUCGUGCAGGAAUACCGUGGCAAGCGUCGUCCGGAGAUGCCACCACAUCUGUUCUCCAUCGCUGACAACGCCUACACGGACAUGUUGAUGAAUCGUGAGGACCAGUCUAUGCUUAUCACAGGAGAGUCUGGUGCCGGUAAGACUGAGAACACGAAGAAAGUAAUUUCCUACUUCGCCCUCGUCGCCGCAUCUGGACAGAAGAAGGCAGGAGCUUCAAAGGUGAGUCUGGAGGAUCAGAUCGUGCAGGCUAACCCCGUGCUUGAGAGCUUCGGUAACGCAAAGACUAUCAGAAACGACAACUCUUCUCGUUUCGGUAAAUUCAUCCGCAUCCACUUCGGGCCAUCAGGAAAGCUGGCUGGAGCCGAUAUUGAAUCUUAUCUGCUGGAGAAGUCACGUGUCGUGUCCCAGGCCCCGCUCGAGCGUAGCUACCACAUCUUCUACCAGUUGCCAUCCGGUGCUAUUGAUGGAAUGAAAGACAAAUGCUUGCUACAAAAUGACGUCAGCACCUACUAUUUCAUCGCCCAGGGUAAAACCUAUAUCGACGGAGUAGAUGACGCCGAGGAGAUGAAACUUACCGACGAAGCCUUCGACAUUUUGGGUUUCACUGAAAGAGAGAAAUGGGACAUCUACAAAAUUGUCGGCGCUGUCAUGCACAUGGGAGUCAUGAAGUUCAAGCAGAGGCCCAGGGAGGAGCAGGCAGAAGCCGACGGCACCGAAGCAGCCUGCAAGGUCGCCCAUGUCUUGGGUCUUUCUGAUGCUGACCUCAUCAAGGGUAUCCUGAAGCCACGCGUCAAGGUCGGAAAUGAGUACGUUACCAAGGGUCAGACUAAGGAGCAAUGCUACAACGGUGUCGGCGCUCUGGCCAAGGCUAUGUACGACCGCAUGUUCCGCGCCUUGGUAGCAACGGUGAACAAAACCCUCGCUACCGUAGGCAAGAAGCAGUUCUUCAUUGGCGUUCUGGAUAUUGCUGGCUUCGAGAUUUUCGACUUCAACAGCUUCGAGCAGAUCUGCAUCAACUUCACCAACGAGAAGCUGCAGCAGUUCUUCAACCAUCACAUGUUCAUUCUGGAACAGGAAGAGUACAAGCGUGAGGGCAUCGAAUGGAUCUUCAUUGAUUUCGGUCUUGAUCUCCAGGCUUGCAUUGACAUGAUUGAAAAGCCUAUGGGGGUAUUCGCUAUCCUUGAGGAAGAAUCUAUGUUCCCCAAAGCAACUGAUAUGACUUUCUUGGACAAGAUGCAAGUUAACCAUCUAGGCAAAUCCCAAAGCUUCAUCAAGCCGAGACCGCCAAAGGCAGGACAGGUCGAGGCUCACUUUGGCAUUGUCCACUACGCCGGUAUCGUCAACUACAACGUCAACCACUGGUUGGAAAAGAACAAGGAUCCUAUCAACGACACCGUGGCUAUCACAUUCGCCAAGUCUCAUGGCAAUGUACUGCUUGCCCAGCUGUUUGCUGAUAAGCUGCUGGCUGAUGAGGACACUGGUGGAAAGGGAAAGAGGAAGAAGGGAUCCGCCUUCCAGACAGUAUCUGCUCUCUACAGGGAACAAUUGAACAAGCUGAUGGCAACCCUACAUGCGACCCAGCCUCAUUUCGUGCGUUGCAUCAUUCCCAACGAGAACAAGGAAGGAGGUGUUCUUGAUGCCGCACUGGUCAUGAACCAACUGAAAUGCAACGGUGUACUGGAAGGAAUCCGUAUUUGCCGCAAGGGCUUCCCCAACAGAUUGGUAUAUGGAGACUUCAAGCAAAGGUACAAGAUUCUGGCACCAAGUGCUGUCCCAGAGGGGUUCUGUGACAGUAAGGAUGCAAGUGCAGCCAUUCUCUCCGAGCUGAAAUGGGACACGGCAAUGUACAGGCUCGGUCAUACCAAGGUCUUCUUCAAGGCCGGCUCUCUGGGUCAGCUUGAGGAACUGCGUGACGACCGCAUCACUCGUAUUAUCACUCUCACCCAGGCCUGGGUCCGUGGAAACCAGACAAGAGCUCUCUACCAAGUAAUGAAGGCCCAGCGUCUGGCAAUGAUUGUCAUUCAGCGCAACGUCAGGAAGUACAUUCAGUGCCGCAACUGGCCAUGGUGGAAGCUGUACACGAAGGUGAAGCCUAUGCUGAGCAUUGCCCGCCAGGAGGAUGAGAUCAAGGAGAUGAAGGAAGAGUUCGAAAAGGUCAAGAAGGAACUGUCCAAGGAAUCUAAAUUGCGUAAGGAAAGUGAAGAGCAGGUUGCUAAGAUCACUAAGGAAAAGGAGGAAUUGUACGCUCGCGUCGCAAACGAAGCUGAAACCAUUGCCGACAUUGAAGAGCGCGCAACCAAGCUGAUGCAGCAGAAACACGACUUGGAAUCGCAGCUGCAUGAUACACAAGGCCGCCUAGCCGAGGAGGAGCAGGGAGCUGCCUCUGUCGGUGAUGCUAAGAGGAAGGUCGAAUCUGAAUGCAAUGACCUGAAGAACCGGAUCGAGGAGCUAGAACGUGCGCUGAAGAAGAUGGAGAGCGAGAAGAAUGCGAAGGAACAUCAAAUCAAGCAGCUGAACGAGGAGAUUGCCAAGAUGGAGGAACUCAUCGCUAAGGGAAACAAGGAGAAGAAGAGCGCACAGGAACAGCAGAGUAGAACGAGCGAGGAUCUGCAGAAGGAAGAGGAUAAAUGCAAUCACCUCUCCAAGGUCCAAGCCAAGCUGGAACAGACUCUUGAUGAGUUGGAGGACAACCUCGAACGCGAGAAGAAGGUCCGUGGAGACGUGGAGAAGGCAAAGAGGAAGGUCGAGGGCGACCUGAAGAUGACACAAGAGGCGAUUGAUGAGCUGGAGCAUGUCAAGCAGCAACUCGAGGAAACCGUCCGCAGAAAGGACAAGGAGCUUUCCGGCCUAGGCAGCAAAUGCGAGGAUGAACAAGGAAUCGUUCACCAGCUGCAGAAAAAGAUCAAGGAACUUCAGGCGCGCACGGAGGAGAUCGAAGAAGAGGUGGAAGCCGAGAGACAAGCCCGCUCCAAGGUUGAGAAGCAGAGGGCCGAUGCAACUCGCGAGUUGGAGGAGCUCACUGAACGCCUCGAGGAGGCAGGUGGCGCCACCAGCGCCCAGGUCGAGCUGAAUAGAAAGCGCGAGGCUGAGUUGGCCAAGCUUCGUCGUGACCUUGAGGAGCAGGCUCUGCAGAACGAGGCUGUAAUUUCAUCUCUGCGCAAGAAGCAGAACGAUGCUGUUAGCGAGAUGGGUGAACAGAUCGACCAGUUGCAGAAGAACAAGGCUAAGAUGGAUAAAGAAAAAGCUCACAAGCAGGUGGAAGUGGAUGACCUUAAGGCAAACAUGGAGCACGUCAGCAAGAACAGGGCACAGGCCGAAAAGUUGGCAAAGGCACUUGAGACCCAGCUGAGCGAGGCUAACGCCAAGCUAGAUGAGUCAGCGCGCUCCAUCAAUGACAUGAACGCGCAGAAGAGCAGGGCGAGCAACGAGAACAACGACCUUCAGAGGCAGCUGGAGGAAGCCGAGUCUCAGCUAAGCCAGCUGACAAGAGUCAAGGCACAGCUAUCCUCACAGUUGGAGGAGGCGAGAGCUUCUACUGAUGAGGAGUCGCGGGCGAAGGCGUCCAUGCAGGCACAGCUGCGCAAUACUCAACACGAUGCCGAGCAGCUGCGCGAACAGCUAGAAGAGGAGGCUGAGGGCAAGAGCUCUCUGCAGAGGCAACUGGCCAAGGUCAGCAACGAAUUCAACACUCUGCGUGCGCGAGUUGAGAGCGAGGGGCUAGGAGGUGGCGGACCGGAGGCCGAGGAGCUCAAGCGUAAAUUCCAAGCGAAGCUCCAAGCAACUGAAGAAUCACUCGAAGUUGCACACGCGAAGAAUAUUCAUCUCGACAAAGCAAAGCAGAGGCUCGCCAAUGACUUGGAUGACAUGUCAAUUGAAGUGGAGCGUGCGACCAGCGCAGCCAACGCCGCCGAGAAGCGCCAGCGCAACUUCGACAAGACCAUCUACGAGUGGAAGCAGAAGAGCGAUGACCUCGCUAGCGAGCUUGAGGCAUCCCAACGCGAAUGCCGCAACCUGUCCACCGAGCUGUUUAAGUCGAAGGCUUCCCAGGAAGAGGCAGCCGACAGUUUGGAAUCUGUCAAGCGGGAGAAUAGAAACCUCUCUGAUGAAAUCAAGGACCUCACUGACCAGCUGAGCGAGGAAGGCAAGAGCGUCCACGAGAUGGACAAGGCCCGCAGGAGACUCGAGCAGGAGAAGGAAGAACUACAGGCAGCGCUAGAGGAGGCCGAGGCUGCCUUGGAGCAAGAAGAGUCCAAGGUCGUCCGUGGUCAACUCGAACUGCACCAGAUCCGCCAGGAGGUUGACAGACGUCUCGCAGAAAAGGACGAUGAGUUUGAGACGACCCGCAGAAACCACCAGCGCGCUGUUGACUCCAUGCAAGCCAGCCUUGAGGUUGAGGCCAAGGGCAGAGCCGAGGCAAUGCGCAUGAAGAAGAAGCUUGAGACGGACAUCAACCAGCUGGAGGUUGCUCUUGACGCAUCCAACCGCCAGAACGCCGAUGCUCAGAAGAACCUGAAGAGGCUGCAGAGCGAGCUCGCUGACCUAUUAGCACAGCUUGAGGAGGAAAUACGCGCCCGCGACGAGCUGCGUGAACAGUUGGGAGCCAGCGAGCGCCGCUGCAAUGCCAUCAGCGGUGAGCUGGAGGAGACGCGUACUUCCCUGGAGACGGCAGAGCGCCACCGCCGCGCAGUCGAAGCUGAGCUAGAUGAGGCAAAUAAUCACAUCGGAGAUCUCGAGAGCCAUCUCUCGUCUGCCAACGCCGCCAAGAGAAAGCUGGAGGGUGACAUGACGACUAUGCAAGCCGAUCUUGAUGAGACCGUCAAUGAGCUCAAGGCUGCUGAUGAGAAAGCUAGAAGCGCCGCCGCUGAUGCAGCACGCUUGGCAGAGGAGCUGCGCCAGGAGCAGGAACACGCCAGCCACGCUGAAAAGGCCCGCAAGUCUGUAGAAGGCCAGCUGAAGGAUUUGCAGGUCCGUCUGGAUGAGGCUGAAGCCAACGUGCUGAAGGGAGGCAAGAAGAUGAUCGCCAAGCUGGAGCAUCGCGUGCGCGAGCUGGAGAGCGAGAUGGAUGCUGAACGCCGUCGCCUCAGCGAAGCCCAGAAGAACUACCGCAGGGCCGACCGCAGCGUCAGGGACCUUUCCGUGCAGAUUGAUGACGGAAAGAAGAAUCAAGCUCACAUGCAUGACAUGAUGGACAGACUCAACGUCAAGAUCAAGCUCUACAAGCGCCAGAUCGACGAGGCCGAGGAGGUGGCCAACAUGAACCUGGCCAAGUACCGCAAGGCCCAGGCUGAGCUGGAGGAGGCUGAGGCACGCGCUGAGGAUGCAGAAGCAGCCGUCGCUAAGCUGAGAGUUGCUGCUCGUAGCUCGGGAUUCUCCAUACGUCCUGCUGCCGCAAUCCGCCAGCGCGGCUGGAUGGACGACGAAUAAUAACUCCUGAUUGAGACGCAUCAUUUAGUUGCCAUAGCGAUGAUAGAGCUGCUUGCUUGACGGAGUGGAUCCCCGUGACUGCCCCAGACAUCUCAUGGUAUCGGGCCGGGUCGCGGAGAGGGUCCACAGCUAUGCAUAUUGAUUGCCAUUACUGUGCCGAAAAUUACAAUGAAAAGUAAUACUACUUGCUAUAACUCUUGCAGUUGUAUUUUUAACAGAUUUGUGAGCCUCGCUAAGUUUAUUCUGUAGUUCUACAUGUUAAAAUUUUAAUGAGAGCAUAGAUAAUUGCCAGAUUAGAGCUGUACUGGAGCCACGAGUCCUAUUGGUUGUAUUGUGUUUGAAGUAAAAUAAAAUCUCUUAAUUACAUCAUUU